AUGGCUUCAUUCGGCUUUGACACAGAGCGAUUUAUUAUUGAAAUAGAAGAUAGGCCAGCGAUUUGGGACGUGCACCUCAAGGAAUACAGCAACAAAAUUUUGAAAGCAAAGGCAUGGGAGGAAUUGUGCUCUAUAUUUGUACCCAACUUCAAUGACUGUAUAGCUACAGAUCUACAACGGAAAUGGAAGAGUUUGAGGGACUCCUAUAGAAGAGAAUUGACAUUGUCGAAGAAAGAAAAAUUGGGAUCUAGUGCAGGAAGUGGGAGGAAGGAAUAUAUGUACUUCAAACAGCUGUCUUUUCUUCAAGAAAUUUGCGCAACAAAACCAAAUGCAGCUGAAAGUGUCGAGGAUACUACAGUGCAGGGAGAUGAAUGA